AACUUUUAAGCUUAAAUGUAAAGUAUACGGUAAAGACCAGAUAAAUUGCAGAUUAAAAAGAAUUUUUUUAACAUUGUUUCAAAAAUAUUUAAAAUAUGGGAGCUGAUAGCACAUUAUUAUGCAAGGGUACCGCUAAAUUUGAUCUUCUCUGUUUAAUUGAGAGUCGAAUUGAUAGUUUGAAAAAAAUUCUAAAUUCUGUAUCCAGCAGCACUGGUGAUGAAGAUUUUUGUGAAAGUUUAAUAUCUGCCAAUAGUUUAAUUGCAAGCACGAUGAGUGGGCACCAACAAACAAUUAAAGCUGCAAGCAGAUAUGCAGAAAUAGAAAGUUACACAAAUUCUUUGGAGAAACCGCAGGAUGCAAAAGCAAAACAAAUGUGUGUAAAAUCAAUUGCAACAACUUUGGCUGUAACAUUUGAAAUGCUAAAAAAAAUUAAGGAACUGGAAUCUACAAUAGGUGCUGAAUAUUUUAAAUCACUUCCAGACGUAAGCGAUUUAAUAGAAAGAACCAAUAAACAGUUAAGAGAAGCCAAGCAAAAUAAUGAACUUAUAGAGGAAAGCUUAAUACUAGCUAUGCAACGCUACAGUGCUUUACAGAAAACAACAACAAACUUCUUAAAAAGUAUAGAUGAGAAAUUGACCGAAAUUGAAGAAAACACACGUCCUAAAGAUUAUGUUUGUAAUUGAUACGGAAAGAUAUUUUUUUAUUGCAAAAUAUUAGUUAA